AUGGAUAGAGAAACAGAUGCAGAAAAGUUACUGCGCAUGCAAGGCGAAUACCUCGAUUCAUCUCCACAAUGUGCAUUCACUAUGUACAUUAAGAAUCUGGACACUUCAGUGUCAAGUCAAGACAUCUCCACACAUUUUAAAUCAUGCGGAAUCAUCUCAAGAAUAAACAUGCUUGGAAGCGGAUUCAAGAGAUAUGCAACAAUAGAUUUUGCAUCAGAAAAGUCUGUUGAAAUGGCAUUGCUGUUCAACGGCUCCGUUCUGAAAGGAAAACGAAUAAUCGUACAGAAAAAGAAAGAUUUUGAUAAAAAAUAA